AUGCAGCACGCCGGGCCACCACCACUGGAGCCCCCACGGAUCGACCAGCCCACCACCACCACCGACGCUGCACCACAACUCGCACCACGAUUCUCCCACCACUACGAUCUCCUCUCUUCUCUCUCCUCCCGCCUUUCCUUCUUCUGUCUGCAUUGUACAUGUGGACUAGUUCAAUUCUUUUUUAAACAUAGUUAUGUGUGUAUGUUCUUAAGUCUUGUAUUUCUUAUUUUUAGCAUCAUGGAAAUACAAGAUCAAAAUUUGGAGGAAAUUCAAAAUUUGGAGGUGGUAUUGGAACCAAAGGUUGGAACAAGAUUUGAAUCUGAAUACGAAGCCCAGGAAUGCUAUGCUACUUAUGCGAAAGCGAAAGGUUUCGGUGUAAUCACAAAAACCUCUAAGAAGCGUGACAAGGUAAAGUCGAAUAUAACUUAUGGUUGUCAUCGGGCUGGAAAUGCCAGGCCAACGGGUUUGAAUCCCAUUAAAUUCCAUCCAACACCAAAAACAGGUUGUAAAGCCCAUAUGAAUAUCUCUUUGAAAGUUGACGGGAAGUGGAUGUUGAAUUUGAUUGAAUUGAACCAUAACCAUGAAAUGGAUCCAGAAAAAGUGAAAUAUCUUCGGUACUACCGGAAUAUCCCACCCCAUUCGAAGAGGAUAAUUGAAUUACAUGCGGCAGCCGGAAUCACAAUGAACAAAACCAUUGCCUCAUGUGUAAUAGAGGCAGGGGGGCUUGAUAAUCUACCAUGGAUAGAUAAGGAUGCAAGGAAUUUGAAGGAUAAAGAAAGGCAUGCACUGCUCAAAGAAGGGGAUGCCGAUGCAAUGCAUAAGUACUUUGUCAAAAUGCAUAAAGAUAAUAGUGACUUCUUCUAUGCCAUCGAUCUUGAUGAAGAUAACCGAUUACGGAAUGUCUUUUGGGCUGAUGCGUGUAGUAGAGAGUUGUGUAAAGAAUUUGGCGAUGUGGUCACCUUUGACACGACUUACCUUGUUAACAAAUACAAUAUGCCUUUUGCACCAUUCGUAGGGGUCAACCAUCAUGGACAAUCGAUUUUGUUUGGAUGUGGUUUGGUAACACGGGAGGACACUCCUUCAUUUGUAUGGUUGUUUGAGACUUGGCUUUCUUGCAUGAAUGGUUCAUACCCUAACGCCAUCAUCACAGAUCAAUGUAGGGCAAUGCAAAACGCGAUAAGUCAAGUCUUUCCAAAUACACGACAUCGUUGGUGUUUGUGGCAUAUCAUGAAAAAAAUUCGUGACAAGUUGAAGAGUUGCAACGAGUAUAAGGUGAUAAAAACAUCUCUCAAGAGUGCUGUUUAUGAUUCCUUGUAUCCAGUGGACUUUGAACAAAAUUGGGCAGAGCUCAUCAAACAAUUUAAUCUACAAGGCAAUGAUUGGCUAGCUGGAUUGUACGAGGAGAGGCAUCGAUGGAUACCAGCAUUUGUUAAGGAUACUUUUUGGGCGGGGAUGUCAACAACCCAACGAAGCGAAAGCAUCAAUGCCUUCUUUGAUGGCUACGUCCAUUCCAAUACCACCUCGAAGGAGUUUGUGGGGCAAUAUGAGAAUGCCUUGGGUAAGAAGGUGAUGAAAGAAGAAGAGGCAAACGCCCAUUCCUUAAACUUUCAAAUUCAGAAAGUGUCCCCUUAUGGUUUUGAAGACCAAUUUCAGCAAGCAUACACAAUUGGGAAAUGCAAACAAUUCCGAGAGCAAGUAGGCCAAACAAUUGGGUGCAAUUUGACUAUUGGACCGGUAGUAAAUGGUAUUUCACAGUUCCACAUUGAACAAGACAUCCUAGUUGGAAAGAAAAAAUAUAUAUUUAAGACUUGCACUUUCCUUGUUCAUUUUAAUGAGGAGACAACAGAAACUAAUUGCAAUUGCCGGUUGUUCGAGAGUAAGGGAAUGGUGUGCUCGCAUAUGAUCUCGGUUUGGUCAAAAAAGAAGCUUGAAGUAGUGCCCGAUAAAUAUAUUCUACGACGAUGGAUGAAAAACUUGGUGAGGAGUCAUACAAAAAUUAAGGUGAGUUAUGUUAAUUGGGAGCGCAAGCCUGAAUUUGUUCGCUAUGACAGAUUGUUGAAGUUAUUCAAUGAGGCCGCCGAUAAUGCCAUGUACUCCAUUGCCAAGACUGAUAGGAUGGCGACUAGGUUGCAAGAAAUUAAAGCGGAAAAUGACUUAUAUGAUGAGGAGUGUCAGACCAAUACGCCUACGGUUGGAGAUGUACAAAAUGAUUUGGAAAGUUUCAAAGAUAAAUCAAAUACCGUGGGCGAUCCAAGUGUAGGGCCUCGGAGAGGGCGACCGCGGACGAAAAGGAAACAAUCAAUGACUGAGCAAAUUGUUAGGAAGAAUACGAAAUCAAACAAAAGGGUCCAAUGUAGUCGCGCCAAUGCAAAGAGUACACCGGAUGUGGAAGUCCACACUCAUGCUACGAGAUUUCACGAGAUUGUCAUGCAAGAGAGUGGAAACCCAUCUCAGGCAAGUGUAGGAUAUCUUGGUAUGUGGACCUAUGACCUUAAUGAAUCUCCAUAUGAUUUGGGACAUGAUUAUAGGAUGGAAUGA